UCUCCUACCAAACGUAUUAAACACUGCGAUGAUCAGAUCCUUGUCGCCAAUUCCGAUUUUCUUGUUUCAAAAUCGUCCCUCCUUGCGUCGAAUUUCAAAAUCUUCUGAAGAAGAACUGAUUUUCGUUCGUCGAUUGUCUGCGAGUUUCUUAAGGUGAGGACGUGGCCCAGCGGUAGAGUUGCAGGGGCAACCUAGAUAUCAAUGUUCAAUUCGUAGAAAAAGUCUCUCCACAUAUUAUGUGAGCUUCAGUUUGGUUUUUGGCAUGUUAGAGAUCAAAAACUGAUUAUCAAGGAAUGGAUCCUCGACAUACCGGAGAGAUGCUCAAGCAUUUGGAGAAGCAGAAUGAGUUGCUAAAGGAUUCCUAUAAAUCAAUGUCAUAUGAAUUGCAUAAACUUCAGGUAGAAGAAGAAAUGUUGAUGCGCAAAUUUUAUGAGCUUAUGACUGCUCACGGUCUGACGAAAAAGGGUGGAGAUGGUAACGUUUCAGAUAAUGGCAAAAGUGGGCACUCAACUGCCUUGGUUAAUGCCACUAGCAGUGAACAAUAGUGAGAAAUUUAGGUUGGUUGACUGUUCAAGCUCCUUAGUUAUUAAUUCCUCUGGUAAUUCAUUUUGAUCAUUUUCUGAGAAUAUAUGGUUCUUCUAUCAUCAAUUUUGUUUGGUAACCGAUUUUGAAAUUGUGACCCCUAUGGUGCUACUAAUAGGAAUGUCUUCCUUAGUUUCAUUCUUUAUCAAAGUCUCUUACCUUAGAAAUCCAGAUGAUUCUUUUUUACUAUAUAGUGGACGAUUUAUGUACUUGAUAUGUAUAAAAAGUUAUGCAUUGAGACUGGUAUGUACAUGAGAUCCAUAGAUGGAUGAUAACUCUCUUUUUUUUUCGUGUAGCUCUUUGAUUCAGAGUAAUUUUUGAGUCGCAUAAUUAAAUGUUUAAUUUGGCUAGUCCAA